UCCUCACAUUUGUUCUUGUAAUAACGGUAUUCAAAUUAGAUGAAAAUUGCCCCUCGUGGGCAGAAAUUGUUGUUUAAAGUUUCAAUUUGCUGAUGGAUGUGGCCAAUAUUACGACCCGCACAGCGUAAUACUGCAGCCUGAAGCGCGCGCAACAAAUUUGUGGGGGCUGUGCUUGUUUUGCAUGGCAAUUAUCGAUUUUGUGCAGCUGCAACGAAAACAGCGGACGCAACAUUAAUGCUAAUUGAAUUGUAUCGAGAUUCGGCCUUUGAGUUUAUUCCUGAUUGCAUAAUGAAGCGUCAGAAUGUGAGAACCUUGUCGCUGGUGGUAUGCACCUUUACGUACUUGUUGAUCGGAGCCGCUGUUUUCGAUUCGCUGGAAUCGCCAACGGAAGCAAAGCGUUGGGAGUUCCUGCAAGCCGUAAAGAACAAUUUUGUGAAAAAGUACAAUGUGAGUGACGAAGACUUUCGUGUGAUGGAGAUCGUGAUUAUCGAGAACAAACCGCACAAAGCAGGACCGCAAUGGAAGUUUGCUGGCGCCUUCUACUUCAGCACCGUUGUCUUAGCCAUGAUAGGAUACGGUCAUUCAACGCCAGUCACCAUUCCGGGGAAGGCAUUUUGCAUGGGGUACGCAAUGGUUGGCAUUCCUUUGGGACUGGUCAUGUUCCAGUCGAUUGGUGAACGUCUGAAUAAGUUCGCAUCGGUUAUUAUACGACGGGCCAAGCGGGCAAGUGGUGCCCGAUGUACAGAAGCCACCGAGAUGAAUCUUAUGCUGGCCACCGGAAUGCUCUCGUCUGCCAUCAUUACCACGGGAGCAGCUGUAUUUUCGCGAUACGAGGGCUGGAGCUACUUCGACAGCUUCUACUAUUGCUUUGUGACAUUGACCACAAUCGGAUUUGGCGACUAUGUGGCACUGCAGAACGAUCAGGCUCUGACCAACAAGCCGGGAUAUGUUGCCUUGAGCUUGGUAUUCAUUCUCUUCGGCCUGGCCGUAGUUGCAGCCAGCAUUAAUCUGCUCGUCUUGCGUUUCAUGACAAUGCAAGCGGAAGAUGCCAAACGGGAUGAGCAAGAUGCUCAAAACUUGGCGGGAAAUGCGCAGCCAGUUACUUUCGAUGACGAGACCACAUACAACAUGAACGGCAAAUUGUUGGAACACAAUUAUACAACCGAGAACGAUGAGACAGCCUCGCUCUGCUCCUGCACUUGCAUGGGCGGAACGCGCUGCCUCAACCACGAGCAGUUCAUCGACCCGGACUUUCAGCCCACAGACAUUAUACAAAGCACACAGUGCCUGCAUCGCGCAUCCAUUUGAGAUAGCCAACAGCCGCU